AUCACCAAAGUGAGCAGACGUUGCGGCUAAAUGGUCAAAUAAGUAGAAUAAACUUUCUUCGUUUGAUUAAUUUAGCUUCGUUGGCGGGACUAAUACAGCUGGAUCCUCCGGUUACUCGUCUCAUCCCGUGUCGCGGGCAAUGGUGAAGAAAGUGGCCACUACUUCUAGAACUGAGCACGGACUGCUAGCGGGCUAACCCUCGCUAGCUCAGCUUCUUACCUACAAUGUCCAGUCUUCCACAAAAUAACUUGAAGGAGCAGCUGGCGAGGCACAGCAAUGCUGCUCAGAGCAGGUUGUCACUGGCUAAACCCAAACCAGGGGCCUUUUCAUUCAAAAAGAAGUCCUCAUUGGGUAUAACUACAGUGGAAGUCCCCACCAAGGUAAUCAGCUCAAAUGUUUUGGCAAACAGGAAUAUCAAUGUCCCUAAGAACAGUUUGGUGACUAAAUCUCCUUUGACAUUUUUAACCAAGCUUGAGAGACCUCAAAAGUCCAAAAUCAACAACUUCUUCCCUGUAAAUUCAAAAGACAAGUCAGACUCCAUCAGCCCAGCAGGUAACUGUGCUCCUGCAGGCCAUACUCCUUCAGCAGUAUCCAGUAUUAAGAGGACUACAGCUCCAACUCUAAAUGACAGCAAGUUUACAAAUAAUGGAAAUAGCACCUCCACGAGUCUGGAUGCGUCUCUUGGAUUCCCGAUAGAAGACUGGGAUGAUUUUGAUGACUUUGAAACUCCUGCUAAGGCAAAAAAUAACUCAUUCAAUUCAGAAAUAUCAGGGAACAGCUCCAAGCCAGUGUCAUCUCCUAAGGAAGAAAAAACAGAAUUCACAGGGGACCUAAACCCUGAUGCUUCUGUUAUGACACCAGACUUAAGCAAAUGUUAUUCAAACAAGAAGGGUCUUUCCAACAGUGAGGAAACAGAUGAACUGGAGCACAGUGUCAACAAAGCUGCACUUUCACCAGGACCUAGUUGUAAUCAGUACUCAACAGAGUUUUUACUGGAUGAUUACCCCAUUAAAAUGCCCAGAAGACGUCCUCGUGCUCAUCUGAAUUCUGUCAUGAGUGAUAGUGAAGAUGGCAACAAUGUUGUGUCUGAGCCUUCUGAAGAAAAGACAGAUGAUAAGAAAAAAUUGAUUGACUCAAAGGUAAUAGAAAUUGAUGAUUACUCCGAGCCUGAAGAUGACCUAGACUACAUUCCCCCUUCACCAAUCCCAGAUGUGAUAUCUUAUACUACUUCAGUACUAGAGACAAGAUCUAAAUCAUCUUAUACUGAAAGCAGAGACAGUCAAACUCCACAUGAACCUUCUGAUCACCACUCAAAAGACAAAACAAAGGAGCAGCUUUUCAGUCUCAUGGAGUCCAUUUGUUCUCUGGUUGAUUCCAUCCCUGAACAUGAACUUAUAGCUCUAUCUUGUGGAAAUGACCUUUUACUAAAGAGGGCUCAAAGGAAGAGGAUUCUUGCAACUGGUGGUGAUGCUUCGUUAAGGAUGCAGCAGCCAGACAGCACUGUGAUUUCUGAACCCAGCUUAAAAGAUCAAUAUUCUGUUAGUUGUGAUGCAUCUAGUGCUAUGUCGUCCAGCAGCUCUGUCCCUGUGGAUUCCAAGAAACCUCUUCACAUCAGAAGAUCUUCAGUAAUCUCUGUGGACUAUGACUGUGAUCCCUCUGACAGUAUUGUUAAUGUGAAACCCUUGCACAGUAAAGACAGGGGGAAAUUCUAUGGGGAAAAUGAGAGUGUCUGUGACUCUCCAUCUACUCACAGUUUCACAAAACCAUCUUUUAAUUUCUCUAAGAAAACAAGCACAGACCUGGAAGACUCAGAUCUCGUCUUCUCACCCAAGACGCCAGGGACUGUUGUGCAGAACAAAUUAAAUACCCCGGCAACCAUCACAGCCACAGAAGACAUAGACCCAGAUGACUUUUACCUUGAUGACUUUGACAUCGAUGACUUUAAUGACUCGGAUAUCCCUGAUUACUUUGAUGAACCUCCAACUUCGUCAGUGUCUAGACAAAACUCCAGCACUGUGACUACAACAGUGAAAGAAGGGGGACCAAGCAAGUCUAUGUGGGAGAAGAAACCAACAACACCUGCAUCUGCGCCCAAGCCUUCAAAGAUCUGCUCCCCUGAGCCCUCCUUCAGAAACCCAGCCCAUGAUCGAUUCAGAGGUUUCAACUUCCCCCACUCACAGGAGAUGAUGAAGAUCUUUCACAAGCGUUUUGGUCUUCAUCAAUUCAGGUUUAAUCAACUAGAAGCAAUUAAUGCAACGCUUCUGGGAGAGGACACGUUUGUUUUGAUGCCCACAGGUGGUGGUAAAAGUUUGUGUUACCAGCUGCCGGCCUGCGUAUCAUCAGGAGUGACCGUGGUCAUCUCCCCACUGAAAUCACUCAUUGUAGACCAGGUCCAGAAACUCACAACACUGGAUAUUCCAGCAACGAGUCUGUCUGGUGAUAAAAGUGACCGUGAAGCAGCGAGGAUUUAUAUGCAGCUCUCCAGGAAAGAUCCCAUCAUUAAACUGCUCUAUGUCACUCCUGAAAAGGUGAGUGCAAGUAACAAGCUGAUCUCCGCCCUGCAGAACCUUUACGAGCGAGGUCUGUUGGCCCGGUUUGUCAUAGAUGAGGCCCACUGUGUCAGUCAGUGGGGACACGAUUUCCGUCCAGACUACAAGAGGUUGCAUGAACUGCGUCAGAAGUUCCCUAACGUCUCGAUGAUGGCUCUGACAGCCACUGCCACCCCCCGUGUCCAGAAAGAUAUCCUUAACCAGCUGAAUAUGACUCGGCCACAGGUGUUUACCAUGAGUUUCAAUCGAACAAACCUGAAGUACGCUGUGUUGGCCAAGAAACCCAAAAAGGUUGACGAGGACUGCAUGAGCUGGAUAAAGAAGCACUAUCCACGUGACUCUGGCAUCGUGUACUGCCUGUCCCGUAAUGACUGUGAUGCCAUGGCCCAGAGUCUUCAGAGAGCAGGGAUAUUAGCUCUGGCGUAUCACGCAGGCCUGAGUGACGGUGACAGAGAAUAUGUGCAGACCAAGUGGAUCAAUCAGGACGGCUGCCAGGUCAUCUGUGCCACCAUAGCCUUUGGCAUGGGCAUUGACAAGCCUGAUGUGCGUUAUGUGAUCCACGCCAGUCUGCCUAAAUCAAUGGAGGGUUACUACCAGGAGUCGGGAAGAGCCGGCAGAGACGGAGAGAUCUCUCACUGUAUUCUCUUCUACUCCUACGCCGACGUCCACCGCAUCAAGAGGAUUAUCAGCAUGGACAGAGAAGGUGACAGACACACCAAGGCGACUCAUUACAACAACCUACAUAGCAUGGUGCACUUCUGCGAGAACAUGAUGGAGUGUAGAAGAAUUCAGCUGCUCGCUUACUUUGGGGAGCUCAAGUUCAACAAAAGCUUCUGUAAAGACCACCCCGACGUCAGCUGUGACAACUGCACCAAACCCAACCAAUACAAGAUGAGAAAUGUCAGCGAAGAUGUGAAGAAGAUUGUGAGGUUCGUCCAGGAGAAUUGUGAGAAAGUUGGAGCAAUGUUCGGCAAGACUGCUCAGCAAAGCCGGCUGACACUAAACAUGCUCGUGGAUAUCUUCACAGGGUCUAAAUCUGCUAAGAUACAGACAGGAAUGUUUGCGAUGGGAGGAGCCUACUCCAAGCAUAACGCCGACCGUCUCUUCAAAAAACUGGUUCUGGAUAACAUUCUGGUUGAGGACCUCUACAUCACAGUCAAAGGCCAAGCAGCGGCUUAUAUCUCUGCUGGUCCAAAAGCCAUGAACGUUCUGUCUGGACACAUGCAGGUGGAGUUCUAUGAAACGGAGAGCGCGUCUACCAUCAGGAAACAUAAAGCUGCUGUGGCCAAGAAUGUCUCCCAGAGAGAAGAGAAGGUUCAGGAGUGUCUGAAGGAGCUGACAGAUUUGUGCAAGCAGCUGGGGAAAGCAUUUGGCCUUCACUAUUUCAACAUCUUCUCCACUGCCACCUUGAAAAAGAUAGCUGAGACGCUUUCUUCUAACUCAGAAGUCCUCCUACAAAUCGAUGGUGUGACAGAGGACAAACUGGAGAAGUAUGGAGCUGAAGUCAUUCAGGUCCUACAGAAAUACUCUGAGUGGCAGCUACCUGAAGAGGAGCAGACUGCGAAUGAUGGAGAUGGGUGGAUUGACACGACACGAGGCCGCGCAAACAUAGACUACGAGGACGAGGACGACACAGAGUCCUCCACCUACUUCCGUAAUCAGUCCAAACAGGGACAGAAGAGGAAAAAAGCUCCAUUCCACAAGUAUUCUAAGAAGAAAAAAGUAUAUGGCAACACAAGCUCCAAUUCUAAAGGUCGUGGCUACAACAGCAAUAAAUCGUGGUCAUCGUCCAGCUCCAGAGGUGGAUCAAAAGCUGCAGGUCGGGGGUCCAGGUGCUCGGGAGGAGAUGCAUCAGCAGGCAGGAGACCGGGCUUCAUGGCUGUCCCGACCCCUCAAACCAACCAGCGGCCCUUCUUGAAGCCAGCCUUUUCACACCUGAGCUAGGGCUGUCUUCUGGGAAACUAAUCAUUCACUACAUUUUCAAACGAGCUAGUCUUCGUAAUUGUUUUAAAGUAUUUACUGUGUUUACAGUGUAUGUGCUGCACAGUUAUUGCUAUGGUGUCUGGUGUCUAUAUUCAUUGUUGUAAAAUUUUAGCUGACUUUUUC